CUUCUAGUGUGCUCGCUAUUGUACGCGACGCUGGGGCGCGCAGCGGGCAACGACACGGAUCUCGUGUGCAGGCCAUUCGGGACGUGCGAGCCGUGCCCCGCUGAUGCCCUGAACGAGCCCUUCUGCCAGCCCUUUGGCAACCGCCGCCUCAUGCACUGCGCCCCCGCGUCCGCGCCCUCACCUUCCCCGCCAACCCCCGACGCCCCCAACCCCGACCCCGACACUCCCCCUCCCCCACCCCACGAGCCAGGCACCGCCCACCGCCCCGCACCAGACAGCGAGGCCCGCCCAGGCGAGAUCCCCGCCUGGGAGUCCUGCGGGCGCAUCGUCCAGAAGGAGCGCGCGGACUUUUACGAGUUCUUCGCGUGCAACUUUGCCAUCGCCCUCGUGGCGCUCGUCGUGCUGUUCGCGCGGUCGAAGCGGCUGCAGGCGAUGCACGCACGGCAGCUUGCGGCGCGGAUUGGGCUGGUCCGGGGGAUCCCUGGCGGAUGGGCGAACGGGUGA